AUGGCAACCGAUCAAAAGUACUCAUCUGAUAGUGCACCUAGCGAGCAAGGUGUUAGUAGAUAUAUUGAGAAAAUAAUCCAGUUAUUUGGGCUAGAUGAGCAGAAUGCAGGAGAAGUUAAUCGACUAGAAAAAUAUAUAGAAAAAUGUAUAGACUGGUUAAAGGAUAAUGUAAGUAAAUUACUUGCUAUAAGGUAUUGCAAUUGUAGCAAAGAAUUCAUAAAUAGUUCAUCCGAGUCUAGUUCAUCCGAGUCAAGUUUAUUUGAAGAUUCUGAAACAGUUGAGUGCUAUCAUCCUAAAAAGAAGGUACCACAGGGGAAUCAGAUGGUUCCUUGGAGGACCGUUGAUAUGUUUAUAAGAGAUACUAUUAAUUGGGUAGAUUGGUCAUCCCCUCCAAGCUCUCUGGUUUUAGAACUUAAAAAGGGUAUACAAAUACUAGCUCCCACACAAGGUGAUAGCUUUAAUUUAGAUGAUAUAGAUGUUAAAGUAAAUUUUCUUUGUGGAUUAUCACCUGAUAAUGAAAAGCGUGUGAAUGAGUUUGGUGUUAAAAAACCUUUAACUGAAAUAUUUGAAUAUCUAGUUAA